ACGUGCGUGUGCUCUAACCGCUUCCUGGUGCAGAGCGGUAUCCACGACCGCUUCAUGGAGAAGCUCGGUCAGACGAUGGACGCCGAGCUCCGUCUGGGACACGGCUCGGAGCCCGGCACCACGCAGGGGCCGCUCAUCAACCCCCGAGCUGCAGAGAAGGUUACUCAUCAGAUAUCAGACGCCGUGUCCAAGGGGGCGAAGGUAUUGAAGGGCGGCAAGCGUCUGGAAGGUUCCUACAUGGAGCCGACCCUGCUGGCCGACGUCACCACAGACAUGCUGUGUACCAGAGAGGAGACGUUCGGCCCGCUGCUGCCCGUCAUCAGGUUUGACAAAGAGGAGGAGGCUCUGGCUAUCGCUAACGCUUGUAAUGUUGGGCUGGCAGGUUACCUGUACUCGCAGGAUGUGAGUCAGAUGUGGCGCGUGGCCGAGGCGUUGGAGGUGGGGAUAGUGGGCGUCAACGAGGGUCUCCUGUCCACCCCAGAGGCCACGUUCGGCGGGGUCAAACAGUCCGGUUUGGGUCGCGAAGGCUCCAAGUACGGCAUUGACGAGUACCUGGAGGUGAAGUACAUGUGCUUCGGAGGACUGAAACCCUGAGAGAGGACGCAGCCCCACCGGUGGUACCACACUCCUAAACCCCCCUCCUAAACUCAUAAUCAUGCAGUAAUCAUUAGAGGAGCUCAGGCUGAAGUUGUUUUAAUUCUGUGGUCUCCUCAAUCAAUAUAAUAUAAUAAAACUGCAGACUUAGUUUGAGGCCAUGCAGGAAACUAGUCAAGUAACAUUUAAAAAAAACCCAGCAAAAUAUGAAAUAUCGUGCCAUCUGCAUUUCUCUUCAGCUGCCAGGAGGGGGCAGUCUCUGGUGAGACAGGGUCCUCUUCAUUGCUCCUCUGCUGCCUUUUUUAUUAUCACAUGUUCAUAUGCAGAAUCAGGCAAUAAUGAUGUGUUUGCCUUUGUUCAAAUCUUUAAAGGUCGCAUGUUCUUUAAAAUUGGAGAUUUUCCCUUUAUGACAUCACAAAGGGCAGUAGCCCCUCCCCCAGGUGGGUGACACUCCCACAGCUAGGUGUUUGUUCUGCCCUCUGAGUCUGCC